AUGGCGACGCUGGAGAUGAUCACCUUUCUGGCUUCGAUGGUGAUGAUGGUCAUAGUCGCGGCGGGCUCGAGCGACACGAACAGCGUGUUCCAGCCCUGCGCCGACGCGAAGGUCCAGAAAUCCGACGGUUUUAGUUUCGGUAUCGCGUUCGCCUCUCGGGAUUCGUUCUUUUACAACCGCUCCAUACAGCUCUCGCCCUGCGACAGCAGACUUUCUCUUUCUUCUUCCAACUCUCAACUAUCUCUCUUCAGGCCUAAAGUUGACGAGAUCUCUCUUCUCACCAUCAACACGACCACAUCCUUUUCUCCGUUUGGGCAAGGGUUUUCGAAGCUUUCAAGCGGGCUGCGUGAUUUAUUGGAUGGCCAUUUGUGUGACAAGGGUAGGGAGGUUUUUGUAGUUAGGGCAUUUGAGAGUUAA